CAUCUCCCUUUCUGUGGUCUUAGAUAUAGGCUUCCUUCUCUCUAUCAUCUCCAAGGAAGGAAGGAAGAAGGGAAGAAAGCAUGGAUUCCGUGGAAGUCCCUCAAUACUUCACCUGUCCUAUAUCGCUUCAGAUCAUGAAGGACCCCGUCACCACCAUCACCGGCAUGACGUACGACCGCGAGAGCAUCGAGCGGUGGCUCCUCGUCGAUGACCAUCCGAUGUGCCCGGUGACGAAGCAGCCACUACCGAGAGACUCCGACCUCACACCCAACCACACCCUUCGCCGACUCAUCCAGGCCUGGUGCGUCGUCAAUGCCUCCCGUGGGGUGGAGCGGAUUCCCACGCCGAGAGCCCCGGUCGACGGACCCGGCAUCCGCAAGCUCGUCCACGGCCUCUCCGCCCCUCGGCUGCAGCUCGACUCCCUGAAUCUGAUCGCUGCGCUUGCUCGUGAGAACGAGAGCAACCGCCGGUGCAUGCUGCAGUAUGGCGUCGCCGGUGCGAUGGUGGACGUGAUCAAUACAUGCACCGAGCGGAAACAGAUGGAUCGGAUCGACGUAGCUCUCGGUGUCCUCGACUCCCUACGAGCAUCUCCUGAUGACUUGAAACCCAUUGUCGACGGCGAUCGCCGCAUCAUCGACUCGAUGACAUGGAUCCUGCAUCAUGGAGCGGGCGACGACCGCGACGUUAGAUCGACGGCAACUGUGGUCUUGAAGUCCGUGAUCGAGGCUGCAGAUUCGAGAGUGUUAGAGCAACUGACUCCCGAUUUCUUCCAAGCUGUGUUAUCCCUCGUCCGCGAUCGGAUCUCGCAGCGAGGAACCAAAGCCGCGCUGCAGGUCCUGCUACAUGCUGCCGCAUGGGGAAGGAAUCGGAUCAAGAUAGUAGAGGCCGGCGGAGUGAAGGAGAUCGUGGAGCUUGAGCUGACGGCGCCGGACAAGAGGACGACGGAGAUCAACCUGGGGUUGCUGAAUCAACUGUGCACAACCGCAGACGGAAGGGCUGAGCUCGUGGGCCAUGCCGCCGGCAUCGCGACUGUCUCGAAGAGGAUCCUCCGUGUCUCGUCGCUGGCGGACGAUCAAGGGGUCAGGAUUCUGUGGUCGCUGUGCAGGUACUCCGCCACCACCGAGGUGCUGCAGGAGAUGAUGAGUCUGGGGGCUGUCUCCAAGCUGUGCUUAGUUCUCCAAGCAAACUGCCCAGACUCCGUGAAGGAGAAGGCGAGGUUGGUUCUUAGGUUGCACUCUGGGGUGUGGAAGGACUCUCCUUGCCUCCAUUCCUAUUUGUUGUCAAGAUAUACUUGAUUGGCAUCAGCAUUUCUGCUCUUAAUGUCUUCUUUGGAUGUGAAUCUACCCAAACAAAUGUAUAUUACUGUCAUAUAUACGCCAUUCAAUAUCAAUACACUCUUUCACAUCUUUCU